AUGCCAGGGUCUCUCAACAAGGUCUCAGAUCGGCUUCCAGCAACAAUCCGCAAUGCGAUAGCUGUCGUUCAACGUCUCGGAUGUCGAUAUCUCUGGGUCGAUGCCUUAUGUCUAAUUCAGAACGAUGCCGAUGACCUGGAUCAGGGUGUGGGCGCAAUGGAUCUGAUUUACGAGCGAGCCUGGCUCACCAUUGUGGCGGCUUGCGGCCAUGACGCCAAUGCUCGUCUUCCUGGUGUCCAGGAAGGCACCAGGAACCCUUCAAUAAACACCCGUCAUGUGAUGCCUGGUAUCGCGAUGGGUGUUGUGGUUGGUCUAGAUGAUCGUCUGGGCCGUUCUAUGUACGACACUAGAGGAUGGACAUUCCAAGAGCGAAUGCUGUCACGGAGAGCCAUAUACUUUGUAGAUGACAAACUUUUCUACCGCUGUCGAAGAACCGUCCACGCCGAACACUUGAUAGACCUCUCUAACGCACCCCAACCAACUCUGCGGACAGUCUCGCAGCUUCUUUUAAAGACCGUAUUGAUGCAUAACCCUGUUGAUGACUAUUCUUUGAUACUACGGUUCUACAGCAUACGGAUCUUGACCAACCAGAGCGAUGCUCCUCGAGCCAUGGCGGGUAUCAUUCAACGAUUCUCCGUCGCCAUGGGAUGCCGAUUCCUGGAGGGACUUCCGACCGCCACCUUUGAUUUAUUCAUCCUCCUCCGCUCUUUACGUGGUAGUUUACGUCGCCGCCCCGCAUUUCCAAGCUAUUCAUGGACAGGCUGGUCCGGCUUCUCGGCAUCAUGUCCACGCGGGGUCUCUCCUAUCUAUAAUGACACGCUCAGGGAUAAAACAUGGAUCAUCUGGUAUAAGAGAAGUCCCUCCGCGACUGUCAGUCUAGUCUGGGACCCUUCUUUCGAGCCAUCCUUUCCUCUUCACGAUGAGACAUUUGCGGGAUAUCGGGAAAGACGACCAUUUAGUCAUGGACGAUAUACCCCAGCAGGCUUGGACACGAGCCGCACGGCACCCUCAGAGACUAUUUCAUUCUCCCGGGGCGUACCACCGUACCAUAUCCUCCAGUUCUGGACCAUAUCGACGUUCUACACGAUCUCCGACAUGGACGUAUUCAACGCAACCGGUGACCUUGUAGACUCUAACGGUGAGAGAUGUGGUUUUGUCUGGCUCGAUGGAUUUGAGGAGACGACAUAUUUUGAAUCACAGACACAUUUUGAGGUUAUUCUGUUGUCCGAGCCACAGUUUGUGGUGCGUCAAGAACUCGAGAGCUGCUCCACGUCUUCUUAUCCCAAGGUGAACGGGGAGUGGAACUGUUUCAAUGUACUGCUGUUGGAGUGGCAAGGUGGUCUGGCUGAGCGACGAGGCUUUGGCUACCUAAUUCAAGAAGCCAUUGGCAAUAGUCUUGCUCCCGGUCCUAUGUGGAAAGAAAUCUUGUUGGCAUGA